AUGGCGGACGAGGAGGACUUAGAGGAGUAUGAGUACUUUUAUGAAGAAACUAUCAUUGAAGAAGGGGAAGCUGGGGAAGUUGUGAGGGAAGUUGUGGAGCCAAGGGCUGAUGCCCCCCUAAAACAUCAGAGACAUCGGCUGCUCCCGGUGAAAGAAAGAAAAGAAUCCGUAAAAAGGUGGACACAUCAAAGUUUAUGACGCCUUACAUAGCACACAGCAAGAAAAUGCAGGAGAUGUUCAGUCAGAAUAAAUAUAAAGAGAAAUUUGAAAAACAUCGGGGAGAGCCAUAUGCUAUCACAAUUGAUACUCCUGAACUCAAAAGGAUCAAGAAGGCCCAAAACCAGCUGAGUGAGGUGAAGUAUCGUAUGGAUGGCAAUGUUGUCAGAACCAACUGUCACGUAGAUGAAAAAGCCAGAGACAUUGAGCAUGCCAAAAAGGUGUCUCAGCAAGUGAGCAAGGUUCUGUACAAGCAAAAUUGGGAGGACACUAAGGAGAAGUACUUGUUGCCCCCUGAUGCACCUGAGUUGGUGCACGCUGUGAAGAAUACUGCAAUGUACAGCAAGAAACAAUACACAGCAGAUUGGGAUGAAGAUAAAACAAUGUAUUUUCCUUACUCUGAUAGUCCAGAACUGAGAAGAGUUGCUCAGGCACAGAAAGCUCUAAGCGAUAUCAAUUAUAAGAAAGGACAUGAUGAACAGAAGCUGAAGUUCACACAGCUGGCUGAUCGACCUGACAUAGAAAUGGCCAAGAAAGUGACACAACAGCUAAGUGAUAUCAAAUAUCGUGAGGAUUAUCAGAAAAAAGUGAAAGGCAAAUGGAGCCAGACCCCGUGUUACGAAAUUGCAGUCGCCAGAAUGAAUGCAGAUAAUCUGAGUGCUAGAAAGUAUCAAGAAGACUUUGAAAAUGCUAAAGACCAAAUCUACUUCAUGCAGACAGAAACCCCAGAAUAUAAGACUAACAAGAAGGCAAGACUGAACGCUAGCACGGUGAAAUACAAAGAAAAUUAUGAAAAGGCCAAGGGACCCACAGCUUACCAUACUCUUCCUGCCACAGAAAAUCCCUUACUGCGGCAACUCAGAAAUGCUGGCAAUGCCCUGAGUGAUAUAUUGUACAAGAAAUCUUAUGAAAAAGCCAGAGGAACCAGUAUUAAUUACUGUGACACCCCCAAGUUUCAGCUUGAUAAUGUCCUGAGGAACUUCAGUGAUCUUAAAUACAAAGAUCACUAUCAAAAGAAUGUUCAGGGACAUUAUAUUGGCAGCUACGAGAACCCGUAUAUGCUUCACUGCGCCAAAGUCAAUACUUUAAUAAGCGAUAAAAAUUAUAAAGCGGAUUAUGAAGAGGACAAAACCAAUUGUUACUUCCCACAGACUGUUACGCCAGAAUAUGAAGCUACUAAGAAACUUGGUCAAUGUAGAGAUUACGUCUAUAAGAAACAUCCGGACACAAUUAAAUUCACUCAAGUGGCAGAUUCUCCAGUGCAGGUUCAAGCACAAAUCAACACACAGCAGCUUAGCGAUCUAAAUUAUAAAGCAAAGCAUGAAAAGGAAAAAUUCAAGUGUUCUAUUCCAGAAGAUUCUCCUUUUAUACUUCAAUCUAGAGUGAACGCAUAUAACCUCAGUGAUAACUGGUACAAGUAUGACUGGAAUAAAUCAAAAGCAAAGAAAUUUGAAAUUAAGAUUGAUGCUAUUCCACUGGUGGCAGCAAAAGCAAACAGAAAGAAGGCCAGCGACGUGGAAUACAAGAAAGAUUAUGAACGGAACAAAGGAAAGAUGAUAGGCGCACUUAGCAUUCACGAUGACCCUAAAAUGUUACAUUCUGUGAAAGUGGCUCAUAACCAGAGUGAUAUUGAAUACAAGAAGGACUAUGAGAAAGGAAAGACCAAAUAUUCUGCACCCUUGGAUAUGAUUCGAGUGCAGUUAGCUAAGAAAUCCCAAGCUAUUGCCAGCAACAUUGAUUAUAAACACCUCAUUCACAGUUACUUUUACCCU